CAAAACUUUUACGCCAGCUUGAGCCACACAGCAAAGCUGUGUUAGCCUCGCACAACACAAUCAACGAUUAAAAUAUAUAACUUCAAAUUUACCUUGGAAACUGGCCGAGAGCUUAAAGCCGUCACGAAUCGGCCGACUUGCAGGUGCACAAGGACAGAAAAACACUGCUGGUGAAACAUCAACAAUCUUAGCGGAGAAAAAUACAAAACAUUUGUCCCCACGUCAAUAGAUUAAAGGUCUCAUUUCUCAACCAGAAUAGCGGCUUCAACACAAAAGAAGAUUUCAAGUCCCGAGGAUAAAACCAGAAGGUCACACCGCUUUGCACCGCGGGACCUCAAUUCCUUUCAUUCGAGCGCCCUGGAUUACCAACAACGUUUAAAUCAGUUUUGAAUUGAAGAUCUUGGAUUAAAAUAAUUGGUCUGUAAGAUUCAUUGAUCUCAAUUGAAGCCAGCUUGUUGCCCUUGUUGUAGAUUUAUCUGUACGGGGUUAUCAAGAGUCAAGUCAAGAUAUCAGCUCAGACUGCUUGAUAAAAUGAUUCGCUCUUGCAACGCUUGAGGAACGCAUUGGCGUCGUACGGCCGUUGUUCAAACUGGAUGAGAAUUCUGGACGACUUCGCACUCGAAUUCAGACACAUCGAUACGGGCUGCGUCUGUCUGAGUUAACAGGAUUGCCAUUGUGUUAUUGAAAAGGCUAUUCCGGUUUCAAACCUUGCGUGACAACUGGCAAAAAGGCUGCUCGACUCACGGAGCGCAGAUUUCAGUCAGUGUGCGUUUGAAGGGAAUCUCCUGAGAGAAAACGGAAGUCACUCAAGUAUCCCUAUCGAUUACGAAACGGAAUUUUUCAAGCCUUCCAGCAAUGACAAUAAUGCUGUAAAUCUCAAGUCCUCAAUCAACACCGUACUUGUGCAUACAGUAGAUAACCUUGUUUAGGUUUCGGCCCAGCCGACGACUGCCCUAUGUUCUGUCUUAUACUGGCAAUAAUCGUUUUGGCCGUUAUUUUAUUACUAAAGCUCAAAUAUGACAACAAUGGCGCCGAAUUUAAAGGAGAAUUCUACCACAAGCAUUGCAGGCUUUCACAGUUCCUUCUUUCCAAAUGGACGAGCAUAGCGGAGCCAUAUAGACCAACAUUCUGGGCUUUAAAUGGCAACGUUCAAACGCUUUUGCAUCUGCUCUGGCCAAAAGCGCCGAUUCGCUGGCGAAGGGAGUAUUUGCAACUAGAGGAUCAAGGGGUUGUCGCAUUGGACUGGAUUUUAGCGGAUAAUGCUGGCGAUUAUGCGUUGAACCCGGCCAGUCCGGUGUUAGUUAUAAUACCCGGGCUGACCUGCGGUGUUCAUGAAGUCUCACCGUUAUGUCUCCAGGGUCAGAAGUGCGCCUUUCGCUGUGUGGUCUUCAACCGCCGCGGUCAUGGAGGAUCUGUGCUGACAACCGCCUGCUUGCAAAACCUGUGCGAGGGCAAAGAGCUGGACGAGGUUGUAUCCUACAUACAUUGCACUUUCCCUUGCGCGAAAAUCGUCGCGGUUGCGUAUUCGACGGGCGCUUCGAUAUUGCUUUCGUACUUGGAAGAGACCAGAAAGUCUCCUUUAUCCGGGGCUGUAUGCAUCUCACCUAGUUAUGAAAUGGAUAAGGGUUUGGAUCAUAGCCUACCGCCGAUUUACGAUUACAUAAUGACGAAACGCUUGGUGUGUCUCCUUCGGGAGAAUCCCGGGCUCUCGGGCGCGAUCGACUACGAACCAGCGCUUCGGAGUUCCACGAUGCGGGAGUUCUACGAGCGAGUUUACGAGCCCCUGAUGGGAAUGAACGGCUUGCGAUGCAGUUUUGAGCAUCAGUUGAACAACAACUUCAAUAUCUCUCGUAUUCGUGUGCCAACUUUGUGCAUCAGCGCUCUGGACGACCCCAUCUGCAGCGCGGACUGUAUCCCUUAUAGCCUGUUCAAGAAUUCAUCGAGUUUCUUCCUAAUGACCUGCAAGCGAGGCGGGCAUUGCGGGUUUUACCAUGGCAACGGUGGUGCCAGUUCGUGGGCGGACAAAAUGGCGUGUUCGUUUCUCGAUGCGAUGAUUCAUUUCAACGUACGAAAAGCAGUCGAGAAUUCCGGACCUUCUUUGUUUGCUCAAGUCACAAGGGACCGUAGUUACACACAGUAGGAUAAUAUAUUUAAUUGGCCUGUCAAAAUGAGAUCAAAUGAUAUGAUGCAAAGUUAUAUUUAGCCCUUCCGGCUAAAUCUGAACGCGAGUUCUAUUUAAUUCCCCGUCCGGUUGCAUAAAAAGUCAGAGCUAAAAGUUAACCGAAGUUGCGCAACCAAAUUCAGAGAUUUAAGUUAAAAAACUUACUAAAAACUACACACUUUUUCACUAAAGUUUCUUUCACACUGUUAAACGGUCCUAUAUUUUUGGUUUUCAAUUCACUUCUGACGGAUGUUUUAUAGUCUUGUUGACUUGCAACGCAUACAUGGGCAGCAAAUCAACCCAAUACAAUGACUGCCUUUCCAAUAAUAGUCCAGAUUCCAUAUACAUCAGAAGAAAAUUGCAUGACUGAAUUCGACAAAAUUGGAUCGUUUGAACAGAUCCUUGAGCAGGAAUAAAUAGUCUAUAAAACUGGCCUAGGAUUUUCAAAAAAAGAGCGUUCUUAGUGACAUAUAGAACUCUUAUCAGUGACAGUAAUAAUAAAUGAUGGCGACAUAUGUCAACCAGCAUUUAUAUCGCCGGACUGGCCAACCACAUCUGCUAAAUCAUAUUGACACGCACGAAUUCGCUGGCAAAAAUCACGUUCAAAAAUUCAAUGUUGUUUUCAGCUAUACCCGUUUUCCCUAUACACACGAAAUGGCAGGUUAACUUGCUGUAAAUUGUAACAUUCAAAGAUAAAAGAAUCAGGCGUUAGGAUUCCACAAAAAUGCCUUUUUUGAAAAAGAAUCAGCCCGGUUAGAGUCAUUCAAUCAUUUUUCGAAUAUCCAAAACGUUCUU